AUAAUAGCAAAGAUAAUUUUACCUUUAAUUUAGUUGAAGUAUGCAGUUCGAGAAAUACUUAUGAAACAGAUAAAAGUUUUGAUCAGCUAAAUACAUAUAAAAAUAUACAAAGAACUGAUAUUAAAGACUUGUUAUUUCAUGGAGACUUUUUAGAAGUUGAUGAAGAUAUAGAGCCACUUCAUUUAGGUAUUCUAGAAAAUGAUUUUAACCAGUUAAUUACAUAUGAG